AUGGUCGAUACACAACAAGAUUUGAUAUAUAUAAACGAAGUGCUGAGCUCUUCCGAGAUCAGUUCUUUAUUAUUUCAUCCACCAUACCCAUUGACGCUCACAGUGGAAGAAUUAACUAAAGCACCAACUAUGAAAAAUAGUAAAUCCAAAUACGGCGCUUCCUCUGAUAAAAUUCCUCGUCCUUCAAAUCCAUUUAUGAUAUAUCGUAAAAAUUACGCUGCCAAAAUGAAGUCAAUGCAUUUGGCCGCACAUACAACUAAAACUUCCGCGAAAGUAGCAAAAAUUUGGGCGCAGGAAUCUAAAUCAGUGAAAAGAUUCUUUGAGAUUUUAUCUUUAAUGGCCAAAAAGAAUCAUUUGUUGAUGCAUCCGAAUUAUAAAUUUCAACCAGAUAAAAGCAAGAAACAAAAAGGAUUGAAGUUUCGUGAGUUUUGUUUGAAGAAAACGAUUAAUAAAGAUAAUUCUAAAAAAUCUCAUGAUUUAACCGUGACCACAUCGAUCACCACUAUUAGAUCCAUAACUGAUGAUAAAUAUCAAUCUUUCGACAAUUUAUCAAAUGCUCAACAAGAAAUUUUAUCGUCGCCUGAAUCAAAUACUCUCUCCGUUCCACAAUCACAUCAACUGUCUUUCUGA